AUGUUCGGCGCGGCGAUCACGCCGACGUCGCCGAUGGUGAUGAAGGCGAACACCGAGCGCCUCCUCGGGCUCGGUUUGAAGGCGAAACGGAAAGAUAACGUCAGCCGAAUGAUUCGCGUCGCGAUCAUGAUCUUGCUCCUGCGCGGCGACAUCGGGUGGGAAGAAGAGCCCGGGACGAAGAUGCGCGACCGAGCGUUCAUAGACAUGAUUCGGUUCACGUGCUCGCCGUCGAUGUGGAUCUUCAACGUCGCGCAAGAGUGCGACAUAUUGGCGAAACUCUUCGCCGGACCCACGGCGCUGAGAAGAACCGCCGCCAACGCGCAGCAGCUGCACGACCACCUCCGACAUCUCGCGCGGCGCGUGAACGACUUCAUGAUCACCGCGACGCACCGAGAUUACGCGAUUCUACCGCUUCAGCAGAUGUGCGAGGGCGCGUUUAAGCACGCGAUCGAAGGCUGCGGCAGGGACGGCUUAUCCCUCGCCGCUCUGGACACGAUGAACCCGGCCGCGCACGCCGCGGAGCGCGCGCUGUAUACCGCGAAACUGUUGUGCUCCGUCGUGGCGUUGACGAGACAGCAAGAGCUGCACAUGAUGAAGCCGCACCUCGCGUUGAUCGAAGCCGGCGCGUUUUCCAUCAACUUGAUCAACCGGUCGGAGAACACCGCGGAGGAGGAAGAUUCGCUCGCGUUCGCGUUGACGGAUUACGUCGAGCUGGCCAUCGCGCACAAGAAGAAGAAAGCAAAGAAGAAGAAGAAGAAGACGUUCGCGCAGAAGAUGAGCGACUUCGGGCACCUCCUCGCGAAGGCGUUUCUGGACGCGUCGGACACGGACGAAUCCGACGGCGACGACGAGAACGAGCGAAAAAAGAAGGAGGCGCGUCGGAAACGCAAGAUGCUAGAGAAGAGCGACGGGCUCGGCCUCGCGAAGUUAAACGGUAUCCCGCUCGUGGACCCGCGGAUGAAGGAGCCGCCGCUCGCGGACAUCGACAAGGUGUGGCACCGCGUCUACGAAGUCGUCGCCCCGAUCGCGACGCUGCACUUGGACGCCGGCGAGCGGUGGGUGCGGCGGCACAGGUACGCGCCGCCGCGGAUGCACACGCCGGCGUUGUUGUUACAGUACGCGGUGGACGCGCGCCUGGACGAGACCCUCCAGGAGAUCAUCACGGAAGUGUCGCAGCCGCCGAUGUCGCGCAACCCGUUCUCGAUCGUCGUGCGAAGGCUGAGGGAUCAGGGUCACCAGAUGGAGGUGUCGUUCAAGAUCAACGGCGGCGCGUUGAAGGACUCGACGCGCGGCGGCGGCGACUCGGUGAAGUCCGUCGACGGCGUCUCGGGACUGAAUAAAGUCGGCGUAUUCGCGACGCGGCCUCGGUUAUCGCUCAUGGACGCGAAGAAGGCGAUCUACGCCGCGCGGCCGCCGCGGGAGCGAGGCGCGAACGGCGGCGGGCGAGGGGCCUCCGGGCCGAUCGUUUUCGGCGUGUACUCCGCGGUGUGCGUCGCGGACCCGGUGCGUCUGUGUAAGAUUCGAGACGCGAUUCCGGACUUGAUGCGAUCGCGGCAGUGGCAGGAUGGCUCGUACCAGUUCGAGCAAGUCAGCGCGUUCGGCGGCGACGCCGCGUUCACCGCGGGGUUGGGCCCUCUGCCGGACAAGGACGAAGACGUGAAAACCAAGGCUGAAUACGCGGACAAGGAGGCGCACAAGGCGGCCAAGACGAGGGCGAAGAAAAUCUCAAACAAGCUCGGGUUCACGCCCGUGAUCGAGGAGCACACACGCGCGUCCGGUCCGAACCUCGAGGAAGCGUGCGACGCGUACGCCGCGGACAUCAUUCGACGGCUGCUCAUAAUGCAAGACGACGCGCCCUGGCUCGUGCACGAGCUGUUGCUCCCGAAGGUUUUACUCCAGACCCCCGACGAGGAGGAAGCCGAGCGAGCGGCCAAGCUCAAGAUUAAGGCGCGUUCUAUACACUGCGCGCUCGAAGAGCAGAGACGGCGUCAGCGCGCGAUCGCGCUCGAGCUCCGCGCGUCCGGCGCCGCGGGGAACUUGGGGCAAAACGCGAUGCAGCAGGGCGACGUCGAGCGCGUGCAGUGGGACGAGAUUCACGCGGAUCAACGGCGCGUGAGGAAGAUGAUCAGUAAAGUCGCGCAGCAGGGCGCGGAGAGCUGCGCGCAGCUCACGGUGAAGUUCGGGGACAAGUACAUCCCCGUGUUUGUCAACCUCAAGCUCGACUUUCGUCAGACGAUCAACACGCGCUUCGGCGGCGGAGAGGAGAAGAGAAGAUCCGUCGACGACGACGACGCGUGGCCUUUAGACGCGUACUCGAUGGUGUUCACGGACAAGAUGGACGCGCUCGCGUGGUACGACUGGCACGCGCACAAGGGAGAUCCGUGCCACCCCGCGCUCGCGGCCCCGGCGGCGGAGCAUUACCAGCUCGAGGAGAAACAUCUCGAGUCGGAGAUGGACUAUCUCGCCGCGAUUCGAUGCCGCAUCGUUCGCGCGUUGAUUUUACAGGAAUCGUUCGGAAGAAUCGCGCACCUCACCGCGUGCCUCAUGGGCUACCCCAUGGCGACGCAGGUGUUACAGGACGACAACAACAUGCUAUCGCACAUCAUAGGUCUCGCGGACGCCCCGGAGGAGCUCCUGGUGAAGAUUGACACGCGGCGCGCGCGCGCGGCGUUGAGAGACUACGUCGACGACGCGGCAAAGGUGCUGACGUCGCCGGCGAUGUCGUACCAGAUCGGGGCGAACCGCGUGAUGCGCAAGAAGCUCGUGGACAUCAAGGCGCUCGACGCGCAAACGAAGGGGAUGAUGGACGUGGAGGGGAUGCGCAUGCUCGAGGAAGUGAACACGUGGAUGACUGUCAGCGAGACGUGCACGUCGAAGAGUCUGUACCGGAUCAUCACCGAGCAGGAUGAGAAAGUGGGCGCGAAGAAGGCGGAGGCGGCGGCGCGGAGGGAGCGGCGGCACCGCGAGAAGGAGCACCGAAUGACGCAGAUCGAGGCGCACAAGAAGCGUGCGAGCUCUCGGCACCAGGAAGAGAACGUCCGGCACCUGAUUUGA